AUGAUUGGUCCCUUCGACAAUCCUCCUUUCGAAGUUUUUCGUAUCAGCCCCAUUGGAGUGGCCACAAGAAAAUUUUCAGGUAAAAAACGCCUUAUAAUUGAUCUAUCAGCUCCACAUGAUUCCCCGUUCCCAAGCAUUAACAGCUUGAUCCCCCUUGACGAAUUUUCUCUCAAAUACCAUGACGUAGAUCAGGCGAUCGACAUGAUAAAAACUGCGGGUCGGGGAGCUUGGCUGGCAAAAAUCGACAUCACUUCUGCCUUCAAAGUGAUGCCCAUCCAUCCAGAUUCAUGGCACUUAUUCGGUGUACGCUGGCAAGGAAAAUUUUAUUUUUCCGUACGCUUAACUUUCGGAUGCAAAAGCAGCCCCAAAAUUUUCGACACGCUAUCAGAAGCUGUUUGCUGGAUUUUGUCUAACAAUUACGCGAUUCCUCACCUCAUCCACUUGCUAGAUGAUUUCCUAAUCAUUUCGCCUCCCGAUGCCAUCCCAGCCGCGCAUUUCCUCACCGUUCAAAAUGUUUUUUCGGAGCUUGGGAUCCCCAUCGCCCAGGAGAAAACCAUGGGUCCCACCACAUCCAUCGAAUUCCUCGGCAUUAACUUAGAUUCAGUACAAUUCCAGGCUUCCCUGCCAAAGGAAAAAAUUGACAGGAUCAUACUCGUCUCAUCUACCCUCAUUGACCGCUCAAAUUGCUCCAAACGCGAACUCUUAUCCCUGCUCGGCCACCUAAACUUCGCAAUGCGCAUCAUUCCACAAGGCCGCCCUUUCAUUUCGCAUCUCCUCUCACUCGCCUCUUCAGUAAACGCACUAGAAGACCUAAUUUCCAUAUCUCAGACGUGCCGCGAUGAACUCAGGUUAUGGAUAACUUUCCUUAAACAGUGGAAUGACCUGUCCUUUUUCUAUAACAAUCUCGUUUUAUCUCCAGUCGAUAUCCAAUUAUUUACAGAUGCGGCCCCCUCAAUCGGCUUCGGAGGUUUCUACCAAGGACACUGGUUCGCAUCUCCGGGGCCCCCCCAACUCCAAGACACGACUCAGUCCUCAGCCCUAUUUGAGCUCUACCCUCUCGUGGUAGCAACCUUCCUGUGGGGGAAAGAAUGGGCCACCAGCAGCGUUUUAGUGCAUUGUGACAAUGAAGCAACUGUUGAAUGCAUUAAUAAAGGCCGUUCCCAUUCACCCGCCCUGAUGCCACUCUUAAGACGCCUAAUCUGGAUCUCAGCGUGUGAUCAGUUUAUCAUAAUUGCCAAACAUAUCCCCGGGUCUGAAAAUCAAAUCGCUGACUCCUUGUCUCGUUUUCUGUUUCAGAAAUUCAGGACGCUGGCUCCAGAGGCAGACCAAUUCCCAACUCCAGUACCUCACUAUUCAGAACUAAUAUUCCCGUAACCCACCCUCUAAAACAACUCCUCGACGCAUCACUGGACACCAUCCUCCAAGCAGUUUCUCCCAGGACCCUCCAAUCUUAUGUGACAGCUUGGAGGUGUUUUAAAGCAUUCCACUUCUCAUACAACUUGCCAUUCCCUGAUUUUUCUCUCCUUUCAAUCACCUCAUUCAUCUCCUACCUUAACAGCAUUAAGGG